AAACAGUCAUUACAGCUUAUUGGUCUGUACAAGAAUUAUUAUUGUGCAAACAAAGGAGUCGCAAAAAGGAAUAGCUGUCGAUAGAAUGAAAUUUGCCACAGUAAUUGCCUGUGCUGCCCUCUGGGUAGCCAGCAUCAAUGCCGCCAGUGUGCAGCCGGGCGUGAGGGCGAUCGACAACCAACUCUACCGCCGUUACGUGUGCGUUCAUAAGCCCGAUGGAUUCCGCGCUCUGGUCCCCGGAAGUUGCUCCCAGUACUACGAGUGUCAGUCGGGUGUGGCCCUGGUCAAUGUCUGCUCCCGCUUUUUCGAUGCUACGGUCCAGGGAUGUGUCAACUACAACACUGGUUGCAUUGAGAUUCAGAAUGCAUCGCCUGUAGGAGGCUCGAUCACUGAAGUGCCGUGUGCCCAGGAAACUACAACGUUGUGCCCAGAAAUUACAACUACAACAACCUGCGCACCUGGAAUUACCACUACAACAACCUGUGCACCUGAAGUUACGACCACAACAACCUGUGCUCCCGAAAUUACAACCACAACCACCUGUGCUCCAGUAAUUACAACCACAACAACCUGUGCUCCCGAAAUUACAACCACAACCACCUGUGCUCCAGUAAUUACAACCACAACAACCUGUGCUCCCGAAAUUACAACCACAACAACCUGUGCUCCAGUAAUUACAACCACAACAACCUGUGCACCAGAAAUUACAACCACAACAACCUGUGCUCCAGUAAUUACAACCACAACAACCUGUGCACCAGAAAUUACAACCACAACAACCUGUGCUCCAGUAAUUACAACCACAACAACCUGUGCUCCCGAAAUUACAACCACAACAACCUGUGCUCCCGAAAUUACAACCACAACAACCUGUGCUCCAGUAAUUACAACCACAACAACCUGUGCACCAGAAAUUACAACUACAACAACCCGUGCACCUGAAGUUACGACCACAACAACCUGUGCACCAGAAAUUACUACUACAACAACCCGUGCACCUGAAGUUACGACCACAACAACCUGUGUUCCCGAAAUUACAACCACAACAACCUGUGCUCCCGAAAUUACAACCACAACAACCUGUGCUCCCGAAAUUACAACCACAACAACCUGUGCACCAGAAAUUACAACUACAACAACCCGUGCACCUGAAGUUACGACCACAACAACCUGUGCACCAGAAAUUACAACUACAACCACCUGUGCUCCAGAAAUUACAACCACAACAACCUGUGCUCCAGUAAUUACAACCACAACAACCUGUGCUCCCGAAAUUACAACCACAACAACCUGUGCUCCCGAAAUUACAACCACAACAACCUGUGCUCCAGAAAUUACAACCACAACAACCCGUGCACCUGAAGUUACGACCACAACAACCUGUGCACCAGAAAUUACAACUACAACAACCUGUGCUCCCGAAAUUACAACCACAACAACCUGUGCACCAGUAAUUACAACUACAACAACCCGUGCACCUGAAGUUACAACCACAACAACCUGUGCUCCAGAAAUUACAACCACAACAACCUGUGCUCCAGUAAUUACAACCACAACAACCUGUGCUCCCGAAAUUACAACCACAACAACCUGUGCUCCAGUAAUUACAACCACAACAACCUGUGCACCAGGAGUUACAACUACAACAACCUGUGCACCAGGAGUUACAACUACAACAACCUGUGCACCAGAAGUUACAACUACAACAACCUGUGCAUCCGGAGUUACAACUACAACAACUUGUGCACCAGGAGUUACAACUACAACAACCUGUUCACCAGGUGAAGCAGCGAAGUCCGGUUCUUCGAAGGCCAGACCAACAGCUGUGAAAGUGCGACCAGCGAGACCCGUGCGCCCUGCCGUUCGACCCGCGUCGGAAAUUGAUCACGUGUCUGCUUCUGAAGCCCAACAGCUAAGCAUGUCCACCUAUACCAAGUACGUGUGCCGUAACAAGCCCGACGGGUUCAUGCUGGCUUCCCUGAAGAGCUGCUCCGACUACUAUAUCUGCCGGUAUGGAAAGCCACUGUUGGUGAGCUGCGGCGAUAAGUACUUCAACGCUUUGAAGGGCAUUUGCGAUCUGCCAGAGAACACGCGUUGCGUGCAGCCCCAAGCAUAAACCUUCACGAUGACUUCCUGAUCGAAAUCACCUACGAAAUAGCCUCUAAGAGCACUAACUGGCCCUCCACCUUGAUAUGUGCCCAAUCGAUUUUCUUUUAAUAUUAAAUAUCAUUUCAAUAGAUGCAAAAGCUAAUACAAGCAUAAAAAAAA